AGUUGAAGGCGGAAUCUUGUUGCGCAUGUGUGUGUUUACAAUAUGGCGACACAGUUGUUUGACUCUGACAGUGAAGACGAAUUGCCUCCGGGUUGGGAAGAAAGAGUAACUACCGAUGGCAAAGUAUACUAUGCCAAGUAAUUAAUUGAAUUUUUAUACAUAUUUUUAAACAGUUAAUAUAAUUUGCCAGCACUGCAUUCAACGCAGCGUGAAAAUAACGCUCUAAAAGCUACGAUUACGCCGUGGUAACUAUCAUUGAUUAUCAUUAACUUAAAUUAACUACUAUGCCUAACUAAGGCCUAAGCUGGGUUAGUAUUGUACUGUGAUUAACUUUGGAUACAUUUGGAGGGAUAGCACCGCGGCCGCCAUCUUGGUUCCCGCGAACUUAUGUUCUAAAUGUAUCCCUAAACCUAACGUGAACCCUAAAUUGGUAAUCUUGCAGUUCAGCUGCGUAUUAAACUUACGUGUAUUCUUCAUUAAUUUAAUUAAAUCUACUGCCUAGAUAAGUUUUAACCAAUUGCCAAUGCCAAUACUGAAUUAAACAGCGCUUAUUUUCAUUUUAUUUUAUUUCUAAAGCAUCUUUGAACAUCCCCCAAACUUCCAUAGUUACAUUUGUUUUGUAUUUUUUUAAACCUGUUGUGCCAGAUUUUUGAUCACCUAUAAGCUGGUACUGGUAUGCUAAACGAAAUUUUCAAAUUGUAGCCAUGUUCCCAAAAAUAAUGAAAUACCGGGUUGGGGGGAUAUGAACUUAAUUAGAUGUUCUGUUAUUUUAUAGGGGCCCAAAAAAUUUUUUUUCUUAUGGGGUGUAUAAAUAUAAUUCCAAUCAAAGGCUCCUGCAUGGGCUUGGGUGAAUGGAACGAGAUGAAACUUAGUACACAUAAUAACAUACACUUGAUUAUCCAUAUUAAAAAACCGGUACUGAAGUUUAAUUUUAAUUUUUCCUAAACCCAGCCAUUAUACAUGCCAAUUUUAUAUAAAUUUAUUUUGUGAACAUGCUUUUAAGCUUUUAGUUUGAAAAGUUAAGCAUCAAUAAAUAAUUUUGGUAUAAUUUAAUAUAAAUCUCAUUCCUUGUUUGGUUUUUUAUGAAUAUGCUUUCAGUUGUAAAUUUUCAAUCUACUAGCAUGUAUGGCGAAUUUUUAAAAAGCAAGAAAAUGGAGAGAUCGUUUACGGUAUGGGCUGUAAAAAUAAAAAAAAAAAAAGAAAAGUUAUUGCUGUACAAUUUAGUCUUAGGUCUAACUAAUACUGUCUGGACUAAAUUUUAUAAAGAAUGCACUUAAGAUUACACGCGAUAAUACGAAAUUCGAUGAGAAAUAAUAUACGCACCAGAACUGCAAGACUACUCCCUAAAUCCAUCCCUGAACCCUAAACUUAUCCCUAACCUGGGUUUUGACCCUAUCGGAACCAGGGACAAAACAUUUUGCAAAUGACGUCAGGGUGCUAUCUCUCCAAAUUAGCCAUACUGGGAUAAAUAAUUAAAACUUUUUGUAAAAAAAAAAACCAAUGGCAUAGUUGAAUAGAGCUAAUUUUUUAAAGAAUUAUAACACCAAAAUCAUAUUUUUAGGCUUUAGGUGUUGUAGUUUCAAAAUCAUGAAUUUUUUAAGUAUGACUUCUUAUGUCCUUUUUAACAUGGACCGCAUCUCCACAUUCUGUGACCCAAUGCCGCUGUUUGCGUCACGAGCUCUUUAACUCUUGUUUUAAUGAUAAAUUUAUACGACUUUUAUUUUCAGAACUAAUGCUGUAUUAAAAAAUAAUUUUAAUAAUGUUAUACAAUUAUAGAUAAAUUGUUAUCUAACUAUGCCAUGCACUAUUUAUAUCAGUAAAUUAAAUAUAAUGUAAUAAUGUAUGACUUUUCUGUUAACUAAAUCUAUGCAUCCAUUAUACCGAUAUAUUCUACAGACCUGCCAAUACUUCCGAUUUUGUCGGAAUUAUACCCCUCUUUCCGACCUUCUGAAAAACCCAUUUCAGAUUUUUCUAACUUUAUCAUUUCUCACCCAACAUAAAAAUCCGAAAGCGACAAAAAAAAAAAAAAACAAAAAAAACGGGACAAAACAAAAAGUGUUGCAUUUGUUUUUACGAAGUGCAUACAUGUCCUGCGACUGGACUAAUAAGGAAUAAAUUCUCGAGAUAUUUGUACAGCUAUUAUAUAUUCCACCAAGUCACAUGACCACCGUAACAAAUGUGCGCGAGAUAUUUGUCCGUCAGCCUUGUCACGUGACCGCUAAUUGUCGAUCAGAGUUUAAGGUACUUCAUUUCAACAAAUUCAAGAUAGUCUGGACAUUUACAUGAAAAAGAAAUAUGUUCAAUUCUACAAAAGAAAUACUAGAACCCUUGCUGGUAUAUAUAAUGAACAAUUGUUAAAAAGUGACAAUGUUUUUUAUAAAGUGUGGCAUGGCACUAUUUGUCCGGUUGUCUGACGUGUAGACACUGCCUUGUUUUUAUCGAAGUGAACUGCGAUAUUUAAAUCAUUCUUCAAUUUCAAUUAUCAAUUGAUCCGAUCGUGAUUCAUCCUUUUACAAGGCUAACAAAUUAUUCAGACUUUUUUUUGUUGUUUUUUUUGUUUGUUAAAGCUCUUCUUAAUUAUUAAUUAAAUGGUUAAAUCUAUUGAAAAUGAUAAUAAUAAACAUAUUUUAAACCCCCCACCCAAAAAAAACACCAUACAACUGCAAAGUAUUCCAUGUCUAAUUUCUAGCAGAUUGUUUUUUUUACCUCCUUUCUUAUUGAAGGAAAUAUUUCUCUAGCCAACUCCUAUUGUUUUUAUGCCAGAGUCAAAGAAAUGUUUCCAGACUCGCAGACUGCUAGAAGAUUGUGAAGAACAAUUACAAUGAAACAGGGGCAAGGAUGAAAGUUGAUACUUUUUCUAACUUGCUUGUAACUUGUAACUAGAAUCAGUUGCAAUGCUAACCUUCAAUUGUCCAAAGAGCUGUUGAACAAGUGCAAAUAGGCCUCUAGGGAUAUGCUGGAAAACUGAACUCUUAGCUGUCUGUGUACAUAUGUAAAUAAAAUGGAUCUUCUGUUCUGUAUUGUAUAUAUCUGUAUGUAAACAUUUCCAGUAAUGUUUUUCUCAUGUAAUGUGGUGUUCUGAGGACUAUUCAAUUCAAAGACAAUGGCAAUAACUUUAUAUUUCUUUAUUUACUAAAAAAAGGCUUGUGCAUUAGUAUAUAGAUCUUAAACCAUCACCCAGACGGAGCGCCAUCCCCUGGGGGCAGGGGCCCCACUUCCCCCCUGCGUGCAACUCCCUACAGAUUUUUUCUUGGCAGGUUGGCAGGUCUGAUGCUAUAUAGUCUAAAUAAGCAUGCCCUAACUACUAAAAUACUGCUUGGGAACUACUUAUUCUGAAAUUUCAACUUUGGCACAUGACUAAUUAAUUAAAGCUUUCUCUGACCAAUGGUUUAAUCAUUUUUGCACACGGCAAACUUUUAUGAAUGAAAACUCUGAGAUGGUACGGUAUAGCCAUUAUGCAAGUGACUGUGAAUGGUUGCCCAUGGCCAUGACAUUUUGCACACGGCUAAUUAUAAUCAUUUAUAAUAUGGACUUUUUAACCUCAAAUUAAAAUAUUAUUCUUUCAAUAACAUUUAAGUUCAUUCAAAAACAUAAGUUAUCAAAUAUUUUGAUGUAUAUAUUGGUUAUAAUUGAAUAUUUCCUAAGCUAGGUAACUGCAUCUUCUGCUAUUUAAAAGGGGCGUGGUUACUAAUGCAAAAUAGCCUGUGCGACCUUUGCAUAGAGAGGUCUACGUUGAGGAGAAUUGUUAAAAUGUUUCAUGAGCUAGUGCAAUGAAAUUUUGCAUACAUAUACUUCAAUAUAUCAUGCAGACCUACAAUUAAUAUGAAAGACCUACUUUUAAUAUUUGAAUACAAAAUUUAUGUUGAAAGAUGCCUUAUAUUGACAUACAAUUUUCCUCACUUAAAGUUGAUAUAAAGAACAAAAAAACCUCAAUGGGAAUGUAGAUCAACAUUUCUCCUAAUGGGAAUAGAAGGAGUCAGACCUUAAUUAUGGGCCAAAAGGACUCCUGUAUUAUUAAAAUGACACUCACAUAAAAAAUCGGAUUCCAUUGCGCCGACCCCGAUUUCCGAUACAAAUUUUCUAGGAGUACUUUAACUUAGCCAUCUAAAAUAAAGUCAAAGUCUUAGCAGAAGCAGACUUGAGGCUGUCAUUUUUUUAUAUUAUAGCUAAUCGUAUGUACUAUGAUUCAAUAGUAAUCGGUAAUGUUGGUUUUGCGCACCACUCAUAUCCCACAUGGCAACUAAGAUGGCGUCCAUGUAAAACACAAAAUUAGCUUUCAGCCAGUACAAUUAAUUUUGUGGCGAGCAUAGCAACUUCAUUGUGGCCUUCAAGAUAUGCGACAUGAAGUGUCAGCGGUCGCUCUGCUUCCUCAACUAAAUACAUCUGCUACAGUAACACUAGUAACACACUGUGGUCAUGGUGUGAAAAGUCUAAAAAUGAAGAAAAACAAUACAAGAUAUUUUUAAAAUAAUGAAAACCCAACUUUCAGAUUCAUAGAAUACACUUUUGCAAACUUUAUUGCAGCUUCCCCCAAAAAUAAAAUUCCGAAGUUGUCAGAAAAAUCAGAACAAAACCCAUUUUCCACAAUGCAGGAAAAUUUAAAUAUUAUUAUUAACCUAUUAUUAUAAGAUGACAAACAGCCAUGGUGUCCUGCUAUACUCAUCAUCCCAUCCUCAGUCAUUUGAAAAUUCCAUACCUUUUUCUCAAUUGUGUAGACUGAGAAGACUUUGCAGCAAUGAUGAGGAUUAUUUUGGGAAAGGAUGGCGGAAAUGUCGGAUUUUUCUGCGUAAAUUAUAUCCUGAGCCAAUUUUAAAAGCAGGUGGCACUUGAAUUAAAGGUAUGACCGGACAGGAUUUGUUUAAAGCAACUCCUUCUGACAGUGGGGAUAAGUCAAAAUUUAUUUUAACUAUUCAUCCCCAAAACCUUAUGGCUUGUUAUCUAGUUCUCAACAACCAGUCCAUUCUUAUGGCAGACCCUUUCACCAAUGAGAUUUUCAAAAAAACCUCUUUUCGCUUUCUGGAGGGGACAAAAGCCUUUGGGACAUGUUUGUUAGAAGCCACCUGCUAUUAUAGCACAUAUCCAUUCAAAAAGUAGCAACAGUAUCCGUUGUAACACAUGUCCCGACGUGAUUGAAUUUGAGAAUUGUGACUUUCCUUCUGGAAAUAUUCGGAAGCAAAGAUGGUUUUGCAACAUGAUUUACACCAUCCUUUGUAAAAAGUGCAGAAAAUCAUUUCUAGGAGAGAUAUGUUUUAUGGAACACUAGUCUGACAUCGAUAAACAAACUCUUUGGCCAGUUUCUAAACAUUUCAAUUGUGCGAACCAUAAGGAAAUUUUAGACAGUGCAGUUACCGGUAUAGUGUUUGCAAGUAAUUAAUAACAAGAUUUGGAAUGUUGACUCCAUUAUAAGAGUGUUGGGCCGCAAUAAAGCUUUAAAAUAUAUUAAUUAGACACGAGCAAUGUGUAUCAAUAAAACAAUAUAUGUUCAGCUUUAAAUAUAAUUUUACAUAAUACACAAGUAAACGUUUCUACCAAUGCCUUCAUCAUUACCACAACAUAACAUUUAAAUAAGUAUACAUUAAAUUUACAUAAUAUGUAUACAUGUCUGCUUCCUAAAAAAGAAUAGGAGUGGGCGCAAAAUCCAGACAAAAACAAAGUAAAAAAGAACGGAAAGGAAGUGAUUUGAAGUAAAAUGUACAAAACCAAACAGGGGAAAGACUAGGAAAAUUAUGGAUUUGGUUUAUUUAAUAAUAACACUAUGAUUAUAGUGUUGGUAGUAAUAAUUGUAGAAAAUAAUUGAUAAUACUACCCAACUUAUGACCAUAGUAGUAAAAAUUUAAUGAAAUUAUUAACAUUUUCGUUACCGAUGACGUCAAAGUGACGUCACGAUCACCCACUUUCAAUUACCAAGGACGUCACAUUGUCGUCAUAACAAAAUUCAAAGAACUUUUCUGAAAUACCAAGGACGUCACGUCGACGUCAUAUUUCAAUGCUUUAUAUUUCUUUAUUUGUUAAUCUAUAGAGAAGUUAAUAAGCGAAUCGGAUAGAGAAUGAAAUAAUACCCGAAGUUUCAUCUUUAAGUUUUUAAUUUCUGAGUCAGCGAAAAUCGAUGCCAAAACCAGUGGUAAUGAAAGGGUUAAAUAAAUAAGAAAAGUAUUUAGACCAUUUACUAAUUUUUGUCUGUUUUUGAAUUUUAUACAAUGAACAGGAAACUUGCGCCAAAAAAACAACUUAUUAAUGAAUGAUUGGCCAAUGAAAAGUUUUCUUCUUGUAUACUAGCCAUUCCCUGAACAGAAUUAAAAAUUAUUUAUUAAUGAAUAGUUAAUGAUAAUAAGUGAUUUUAUUUUCUGCUACAGGUAUUAAAUUUGCCAUUUCCCGAAAAAGGGAUUUAAUCUUUUUAAAAAAAAUGUUUUUGUAAAGAAAUGGGAUAGUUAACCAAAAGAACUUUGAUAUUUAUGCAUUUAAAAAAUGGUUAUACACCAGAUUCAUUACAAUUUCAUGUAAAUGAGUUGGCAAUUUCUAUUAAUAUCUUUAAUAUGCACAUUGUAUUAUUUUAUCAGCCAUGAGACAAAGAACACUCAAUGGAAGCAUCCUGUUACUGGGAAGAAGAAAGUUGUUAAGGGAGGUAAGUCAAGAUCAAUUCAAAUUUUUCUAGUUCAGUUUUGCUUUUAACAAAUUUUAAUAAAUUUUAUUUUUAAAACUUAACCUGGCCUCAAUUGUAAUGGGAAAGUGGCCGCUUAUGUUGGCCUGAUGUAUUUUGGCCUUUAAAAAACAACCUGAAGUGCCUAAUUACAGAUCUGAAUCUGAGGAAAAGGAAAGAAAUAAUCAAAUUUUCUCUACAGGUUUCAUCAAAUAUUUGAAUGUUUUGUGAAUCUGUUAAAAAUGGAAUAAUAUAUUUUGACUAUUAAUUUAUUUGAUUUCUCCUAGAAUUACCAUAUGGAUGGGAGAGAAAUGUGACUGAAGAUGGAACAGUAUUUUAUGUGGAGUAAGUGUUCUUUCAAGGAAUUAGAUUAAAUUGAAUAUUAAUUCACAUAGUUUUUAAAUCAGUUUAAGGAAAUUUCAAAAAACUUUCAAAUCAAAUUGGUUACAAGAAAGAGUAAAUGAAGGCACUCAAAAAAUCCCAAUCAAAUUGUUCAAUUUUUAAAUCCUGGUAGCUUAAGACAUGAUUCUCAAACUAUGUAUGUGUUAAGAAAUGUUUCUCAAACUAUGUGUGUGUUAAGAAAUGCUGCUCAAACUACGCAUCUGUUAAGCCAUGCUUCUCAAACUAUGUAUGUGUUAAGACAUGGUUCUAAAACUGUGUAUUUUCACUAAACUGUUAAUAAUAUAUUUUUGAACUUUCAUUUUAUUUUAUAAUUUGGGCUAAGUUAUGAAUUCCCCUUAAAUAACUGUAUUCAUUUUUGCUUGGACGACCUUCUUCUAACAGCCAUGUGAACGAAAAGACCACAUACACUGAUCCCAGACUGGCAUUUGCAGAGGAGGUCAAGGACAGCCCUUUGGAUUUUAGGCAAAAAUUUGAUGGGAGCAGCACAGCACUUCAGAUUCUGCAUGGCCGUGACCUCACUGGGAAAUUUGCCCUAAUUACAGGAGCCAACAGUGGGAUAGGUGAGGUGUAUGGCAUUCAUUGGGAUACGGGUUGCAGAGAUAUGCAAUAGUAUCCCUCUUAUUAUGCAAGAGUCAAUUAGCAUCCCAUUUAGUAAACAAAGCAUUAUGUCAUUUUGCUGUCAAACAUUUUCUAACUGCUGUCUAGUCUUCUUUUUUAAAAAUACAUAUUGUAUGUUGCAAACAUUUAGAAUCAAACAUCAAAAUGCUACAGAGCCCAUAUUGUUAUUUUUUCAUUAUGUUAGAAAUAUUGACCAAUGGGUGUUCAUCCAGGAUAUUUGAUUCAAUGGGACUGCUACUUCAUACUGGUUUUCAUUGUGUACAUAUAUGAUGGUGCUGGGUGGUCCGAGUGGUCUAAACCUGCGGUCGAUCCCACCAAAGAUUGCGUCGGGCAAAAACAUCACCAGCACCCCGGGUGGAUGGGACCUGUUAACCUUGGAUGGCAGCACAUCCAAGAGAAGGAAACUCUGGAUCAAAACCCUGUGAAGGGGUCCCGGAGGCGGAUACAUUAACAAGAUGAAAAAUUCCGACACCUCCUGCGAGGCUAAUGGUGUCAAGCUAUAACAUCAGUUUAUGAUGUCCCCGUGGGUUAUCCAAGUGCAACUUUCUGUCUAGGGAACUGGCUUAUACCGGUACUCCUAAAGAAAGAAACCCCAGGCCUUGUGAUUUCAUCCCGCGAAGUCUACACCAUUGUGACAAACGGAUCCCAUGACAACAAAAAACAAAAAGAAAACAUAUCAAACUUUUACUCUCUGCAUAAAUACAUAGCCAGGGGAAGAGUGAAAACAAAUUUAACACAUGUGAAACAAGCUUGGAUGCCUCCUGAAUUCAACACAUGGAAUCUGAAAGUAAUCAUAAGGGAAAAGCCCUAAAACUUACCCAAACAUAUGACUUUGUAUGCAAGCUAAAAGUAAUUUGAUCCCGCUUCGGGAGGGGGGCAGUAGGGUGGGGGCUGAGAGAGUUCUAACCAUUCGUUAAUUUUUUAAAAAUCCCACUACCACUAGUGGUGCAUAAUCCCACAACAUCUAGUGAUACAUAAUCCCACCACAUCCAGUGAUGCAUAAUCCCACCACAUCCAGUGAUACAUAAUCCCACCACCACCAGUGAUACAAAAUCCCACCACAUCCAGUGAUGCAUAAUCCCACCACAUCCAGUGAUGCAUAAUCCCACCAUCACCAGUGAAACAUAAUCCCACCACAUCCAGUGAUGCAUAAUCCCACCACAUCCAGUGAUGCAUAAUCCCACCACCUCCAGUGAUACAUAAUCCCACCACCACCAGUCAUGCAUAAUCCCACCACCACCAGUCAUGCAUAAUCCCACCACAUCCAGUGAUGCAUAAUCCCACCACAUCCAGUGAUGCAUAAUCCCACCACAUCCAGUGAUGCAUAAUCCCACCACCUCCAGUGAUGCAUAAUCCCACCACCUCCAGUGAUGCAUAAUCCCACCACCAGCCAUGCAUAAUCCCACCACCACCACUGAUACAUAAUCCCACCACAACCAGUGAUGCAUAAUCCCACCACCACCAGUCAUGCAUACUCCCACCACCACCAGUCAUACAUAAUCCCACCACCACCAGUCAUACAUAAUCCCACCACCACCAGUGAUACAUAAUCCCACCACCACCAGUGAUGCAUAAUCCCACCACCACCAGUGAACCAUAAUCCCACCACCAUCAGUGAUGCAUAAUCCCACCACCACCAGUGAUGCAUAAUCCCACCACCACCAGUGAUACAUAAUCCCACCACCACCAGUCAUACAUAAUCCCACCACCACCAGUGAUGCAUAAUCCCACUACCACCAGUGAUGCAUAAUCCCACCACCACCAGUCAUACAUAAUCCCACCACCACCAGUCAUACAUAAUCCCACCACAUCCAGUGAUGCAUUAUCCCACCACAUCCAGUGAUGCAUAAUUCCACCACCACCAGUCAUACAUAAUCCCACCACCACCAGUCAUGCAUAAUUCCACCACCACCAGUCAUACAUAAUCCCACCACCACCAGUCAUGCAUAAUCGCACCACCACCAGUCAUGCAUAAUCCCACCAUCAAUAGUGAUGCAAAAAUUGAAAUGGCCAGUUCCACUGCCGCCUUUAUUAUAUUUAAAAAAGAUAAAAACGAAAGUCUCCAUGAUUGUUUCAAUCUGCCGUCUGGUAUUAAAAACACUUUUUCUUUGAACACGCAGGUUUUGAAACCGCUCGCUCGCUGGCUCUCCAUGGAGCCACUGUUGUCAUAGCCUGUCGCAACAUGCAGGCUGCUCAUGAGAGCAGGGCUCAGAUCAUCCAGGAACAGCCCAAUGCUCAGGUUGAGGUAAUGCAUGUCGACCUCGCAUCUCUCAAGAGUGUCAAACUUUUAGCUGAACAAUACGAGGAGAAAGGAUGGUAAGUAAUGUCAUUUUAAAAAAAAAAAAUUAACUUUUGCAGUGUAUUUAGUAAUCAUAUAGGGUAAGUACUAUCUACAUCGUAUGGCACUGUUUUGAAUAGAGAAUCAAACUGCUUCACAUACAAUGACAUGUGAUCAUGAAAACUGAAUUUCCCUACUUAAUACAUGUUUUCAAAGCCUUUAUAUUUCCUCCUUUAGUAGCUGACAACAAGUUAUUUCACGAGAUUCAACAUGAAAAAUAAUGGGCACUCCCCUUCUUUGUAUUUAUUUUGUGGGAAUGCUUACAAUGAUGCUAAUGAUUACAGUGAUGCUAAUGCUUACAAUGAUGCUACAAUGAUGCUAAUACUUACAAUGAUGCUAAUGCUUACAAUGAUGCUAAUGCUUACAGUGAUGCUAAUAAUUACAGUGAUUCUAAUGAUUACAGUGAAGCUAAUGCUUACAGUGAUGCUAAUGCUUACAACAGACCUGUUUACUCUUACGAUUUUGGAGUACAAUGUACGAUUUUUAGAUGUCUUUUACGAUUGUACGCCGAGAACCGCCAAAACUAUGAUUUUCAGAGGCAGAGUGAAAAGUAUUUGGGUAAUUUUUCUGAAAAAAAAACUAAAUAAUUUUGAUUGUUGGAGUUUGAGCCCUUUCUAAUAAAGAUCUGGCUGCAAAUGGACCGAGAAAAACGAUUGGUUGUAAUUUUUUUUAUUAUGUACGCACUGAGAGGGGAGGUGGGGGUUUUUGAAUAAAGGAGAACGCUUGGGUUAGGGGAUUUGUGGGCAUGUCAAAGUCUAUAAAAAUAACAACGUAUCUAUUGAGCUAGCUGCGUCAACUGUAAUAUUUAGACUAGUCGCCCUAGCGACAACUUCACCCUCCCCCCAAAUUCACCCCCCCUCCUCAUCUUCUUUGACUGCGACCAAGAAUGUAAAGUAGUUUAGUUACAUAAUUAUUUUGUUUGUUUGAACUGGCGGAGUGGUGAAAACCGGUGUCUCCUUUUUCUAUUCUGUAACUUUGUAAUCUAAAAAUAGAUUUUAAUGGUUUUUCACGGCUUUUUUUUUGGGGGGGGGGGGGGGUUUCUUAAAACUUCAUUCUAACGUAAUAGUUGGGAAAAGGUUUUUUUAAUAAUUUUUAAAAAAAAGUUAUAUCACUAUACUCACUACCACUCUUCACAUUAUACCCAUUCCACACUUUCAUGUCCUUAAAAGCAAACAGUGCUUCAAACUUUUUCCCAGUAGCACGCUCAUCGUAUUCUUUCUGCAACCCCCCUCCACCCCCCCCCCCACACACUAAGCCGGCCACCAAUCAAAAGCUUGUAACUGGCUUUCUCGACUCGUCUCCACUUUCAUUCUAAGUUCCUGAUUGUCUGUGAGANAACCAAACGCCCCCCCCCCGGAGCAAAAAUUUGUCCAACCGUAAAUCAACUGAACCCCCCCCCCCCUGAAACAAAUCUGAAGUGCCCCCCACUCCCACGGGGGAAAUUUUCUGUAAAAAUCACUGCCUGAGAUGCCUUUGAAAUUGAUCAAAGGCACAAAACAGCUGUACGAUUUUUAAUACCUCUCUUCUUUCACCCAUUUACAGUUAGUUAUCAGGAAAUAGGCAUAAUCGAUAUUUAUUAUUAUUUUUUAAAAACAGCUUUUCCCAAAAAAUAAAUCUCAAUUUACUUGGUAGCUUGUUGCUUUUUUUUUUAAUGAUGCCCCCAAUUUUUUUAAGAGUAAUUAAUUCUCAUUUAAAUACAUUUUAUUUUAUGCUGAUCUGACUUCGAGUUUUAAACCACGUCAAAUUUCACCAGUAACUCUAUUUUUAGCAAUGACUGUGAUAAUGUGACCUGCACUUUCACCUAAAUAUUAUUUUAUAACAAUGGCUGAUACACAUCUGCAAAACAAUGUGUACAAAUCUGCAAAAAAAAUGUGUACACAUCUGCAAAACAAUGUGUACACAUCUGCAAAACAAUGUGUACACAUCUGCAAAACAAUGUGUCCGUCCCUUCAAAAAUAAUAAAUAACCCAAGCUCUUAUUUGGUUAAAAUUCCUUUUUUUUGUGUGUGUAUAUUUCAUAUGUUAUCAUCUUUUUAAAAAAGUAAAUUAAAAAAAUAAAUAAUUUAACUUAAAAUCUAAACAAAAUUUAAAUUAAAUUUUACAUGUUUCUUAAAUGUGCUUCCUUUUUAAGUAAGUUAGUUUAAAAUUUAAUUUGUCCCUUUUAAAAAGAAAAAUACUGAUUGGUUAUAGAGUCUAAGCUCGUAAGGGUCAUCAAAUGCAGAAAGUCGGUAACACCUGCUGCCUCAAGUGUCAAACUUUUUUGACACUUUUAAUAAAUGAACAAUUUAAUUUGUAGCCCAUCCGUCUCCCCAACGCAAACACCCCACCCCUUGUUAUUUCAUCAUAAUUACCUCCCCUACCCAGUCUCUGCAACACUAUCACAAAGGGGGGAGGGGGUGCGGGAUGUCCUUGGAGAGCAGGUGCGCGACAAGCUACCACGGAUGACACUCGUAAUCAACAGCUGUAUGAUUGGCGUCGCCGUCUUAGACGAUCGUCUGCGAGUUUGAUACAGUCUCCCCCCCCCCUGCCCUAGGGUGACCAAAUGAUGAUUUGGAAAAAACAGGACGAUUUCAAGGACUUUUUUUUUGGGGGGGGGGGGGGGAUACCCUCCAGCUAAAGAGGGGUACGCGGGCCUCCACCGGAAACUCUUCAUUGAAAUAUCCUCAUUUGAACUAUGAAAUCUAACCUAGAAAUCUACUUGGGGCAAUCAGUCUUUUCCUAUAUUUCACUGAUGUGAGGUGUUGUUUUAUGUCUGAACGCCCACCAUGACCAAUACUAAAAACAUCAUUGCAAACUGUGCACUCGGCUUCACUUUCAUAGCGUCCCUUUUUAAUAGAGUUCCACUCUUUGGAAUACUCCUCCAUAAACUAACAUUGACGCUUGGGCAUAAUUAGUGUUCUAAUGAGAAGAUAAUAUAAAAUUAAAGAAUAAAGUUCAACACCUAAAACUAACACAUGUCACACUAACACGAACAGGCCUGCAGGGAUCACACAUAAUAGUAACACAUUACACGUAAGUGGAAUCAAAAUUGUUAUGCACAGCUGCAUGCUCUCCCCCACCCAUCCCUUUGCGGCUUCAAGUCUCAUGUCUUUCGCUAGACAUUUACAUAUAAGAUCUAGCGGCAGGGACACUGGUGGAGGGGGAACAGUGCAGCCAUCACUCGAGCCCACAUCACUACUGGCACUGGCUACACAGCAAGCCAAAAUAUUAUUUGAAGUUAUAUUAUAAACUAGGAAGUUUUAGUGAUUAGAAAAUGUGUUUGGUUUUUAAAAAAAAAAACGGACAUUUAGGCGUCCCGAGCGAGAGACUUCUUCGGGACAACGGGUACCAUCGUGAAAAAACCGGACAAUCUCGUUUUUACGGGACGUUUGGUCACCCUACCCCGCCCCCAACCACAGCUAUUGAUUUGCCCUCUAAAUAAGAUUGUGUUGGAUACAUGAUUUUUGGGUCUUUAAUGUUUUUACCAAUAAAAUUACGCUGCGAUUUUAAUAACAAAAAGUAUGACAAAUGUAAAAAAAAAUGCAAUUACUUUAAAAAAAGCGUUUGGUUUAUGAUUCUAUAAAAUUGCUGAUUCUAAUAAGCAUUGAUACAGCUGCAAACAUUGUUUUGACCCACAACAACAGCAAACACUUCAAACAGCUCAUUAAAACUAAAGAAUGCAGUUAAUGGAAUGCACUUCUUUUCUAAUAUUUUUUAUAUUACAAUAAAAGGGUAUAUUCAUUGGGCUCAUCGGUGAUGCUAGAUGAGGAAACCUGGUUACACAAACGUAUACAGAAGCCUAAUUACUUUGAAUGCACAAUUAUUCGCAUGUAUGGAUUCAACGUGGGUCCAAAUAUUUCCCUGUCCUAAAUACACAUUAGUGUUUCCCUGUCCUGAUACACGUGUCUCCCAAACAAUUUAUGGUUCUGGUAAGGUCAAGAAAUUCAAUGUUUCAGGAUUAAACUUGCACAAAGUAAAAUUUGUUUGUAAUACAAUGAAUGAAAAACAAUAAUUUUGAUUAACUUUAAAAAAAAUUCAAUUUCUAAUCCUCUUUAUAUAUAUAUAUAUAGAGAGAGAGAGCGAGAGAGAGAAACAGUAAGGACAUUUGUUCAUUACCUAAAGCUGGGCUCGGUUAAAUUAUUGUUUCCCCCAACGAUUUUCGAAUUGCCGCAUUACGUUGGGAAACACUGCAAUAAACCUUUGUAUAAUAUCGUUGUCUAAAAAUAGGACUAAUAGCUGGCAAUAACUUAAUAGAUCAAAGUCUUCAAUGUGGAAGAUCAUGCGUUACAUGCUGCCAGUUCUUUUCUGUGUGAUUUGUAUCUACUAUUUGUAAAAACAAAAUUAUGACAGGCUAAAUUCACUACCAAUUAGAUCCCAUCAGCAUUCGUGUUAAAGUUUGAUUUACUGAAACAUCUAAUCUGGGUAAAUGUAAUUUAGAGUGGGCUGUGUGUUUUUUUUUUGAGUGCAAGAGGUUUUGUGAUUCUUGGAUAUCAACCCUGUGUCAGUCUUGGUGUGGGAGAAGUUAUUUGGUGGGGGGGGGGGGUAAUCAUGAAGUGAAUAUUACUAGUGCAUUCAGAAAUCUUAAAGUCUAAAGAAUUUAAUCUUUCUUAACUGGUCGGCAGUUUAAUUAUAGCAAUCAACUUUUUAUUCACAUUAUUACACCAACAAUGUUACAAACAUUCACAAGAUAUUUUGUUAUCGACAUGAAUAGGGGGGGGGAGGCGGGGGGUACAUUGCUCUCUUAAACCCUUAAAAAACGGAAUACAUAAUAAAGUCACCAGCUCACGUCAGCCAAGUUGUAGCGCCCCUCCCCGUCAGCCAAGUUGUAGCGCCCCUCCCCCCAAGCGGUCAAGUUAUUUAAUGUAGUCUUGACCAAAGCGGUGUUUCAGUGAGUUUCACAGAAUAUGCCCCGCGCUAAUCGCUUGAAUGGGUAUCAUUUCAAUUGCAUGGGUAUGGUUGACUUGUUGCUCAUCUCUUGGAUGGGUAUCAUUUCAAUUGUAUGGGUAUGGUUGACUUGUUGCUCAUCUCUUGGAUGGGUAUCAUUUCAAUUGUAUGGGUAUGGUUGACUUGUUGCUCAUCUCUUGGAUGGGUAUCAUUUCAAUUGCAUGGGUAUGGUUGACUUGUUGCUCAUCUCUUGGAUGGGUAUCAUUUCAAUUGCAUGGGUAUGGUUGACUUGUUGCUCAUCUCUUGGAUGGGUAUAAUUUCAAUUGCAUGGGUAUGGUUGACUUGUUGCUCAUCUCUUGGAUGGGUAUCAUUUCAAUUGCAUGGGUAUGAUUGACUUGUUGCUCAUCUCUUGGAUGGGUAUCAUUUCAAUUGUAUGGGUAUCGCUGACUUGUUGCUCAUCUCUUGGAUGUGUAUCAUUUCAAUUGUAUGGGUAUGGCUGACUUGUUGCUCAUCUCUUGGAUGGGUAUCAUUUCAAUUGUAUGGGUAUGGCAGACGUGUUGCUCAUCUCUUAGAUGUGUAUCAUUUCAAUUGUAUGGGUAUGGUAGACCUGUUGCUCAUCUCUUGGAUGGGUAUCAUUUCAAUUGUAUGGGUAUGGCAGACCUGUUGCUCAUCUCUUGGAUGGGUAUCAUUUCAAUUGUAUGGGUAUGGCAGACCUGUUGCUCAUCUCUUGGAUGGGUAUCAUUUCAAUUGUAUGGGUAUGGCAGACCUGUUGCUCAUCUCUUGGAUGGGUAUCAUUUCAAUUGUAUGGGUAUGGUAGAUCUGUUUACUUUGGCGUGCAAUGUACGAUUUUAAGGCUAUACAUGUUUAUACUGCAGAUUUAUUAUUUUACAAUUAAGAUAAUGUUUUAAACCAUUUUGUGAUGAUAUUGUACGAUUUGAAAAAUUUGAGGGUAAACAGGUCUGUUACAAUGAUGCUAAUGCUUACAGUGAUGCUAAUGAUUACAAUGAUACUAAUGAUUACAGUGAUGCUAAUGCUUACAGUGAUGCUAAUGCAUACAAUGAUGCUAAUGCUUACAGUGAUGCUACAAUGAUGCUAAUGCCUACAAUGAUGCUACAAUGAUGCUAAUGCUUACAAUGAAGCUACAGUGAUGCUAAUGCUUACAAUGAUGCUAAUGCGUACAAUGAUGCUAAUGAUUACAGUGAAGCUAAUGCUUACAGUGAUGCUAAUGCUUACAAUGAUCCUAAUGCUUACAAUGAUACUAAUGAUUACAGUGAUGCUAAUGCUUACAAUGAUGCUAAUGAUUACAGUGAUGCUAAUGCUUACAGUGAUGCUAAUGCUUACAAUGAUUACUAAUGCUUACAGUGAUGCUAAUGCUUACAGUGAUGCUAAUGCUUACAAUGAUGCUAAUGCUUACAAUGAUGCUAAUGCUUACAAUGAUGCUAAUGCUUACAAUGAUGCUAAUGCUUACACUGAUGCUAAUGCUUACAGUGAUGCUAAUGCUUACAGUGAUGCUAAUGCUUACAAUGAUGCUAAUGCCUACAAUGAUGCUAAUGCCUACAAUGAUGCUAAUGCUUACAAUGAUGCUAAUGCUUACAGUGAUGCUAAUGAUUACAGUGAUGCUAAUGCUUACAGUGAUGCUAAUGAUUACAAGGAUGCUAAUGAUUACAAUGAUACUAAUGAUUACAAUGAUUCUAAUGCUUACAGUGAUGCUAAUGCUUACAAUGAUGCUAAUGCUUACAAUGAUGCUAAUGCUUACAAUGAUGCUAAUGCUUACAAUUAUGCUAAUGAUUACAAUGAUGCUAAUGCUUACAAUGAUGCUAAUGCUUACAAUGAUGCUAAUGCUUACAGUGAUGCUAAUGCUUACAGUGAUGCUAAUACUUACAGUGAUACUAAUGCUUACAAUGAUGCUAAUGAUUACAAUGAUGCUAAUGUUUACAAUGAUGCUAAUGCUUACAGUGAUGCUAAUGCUUACAGUGAUGCUAAUGCUUACAGUGAUGCUAAUGCUUACAAUGAUUACUAAUGCUUACAGUGAUGCUAAUGCUUACAGUGAUGCUAAUGCUUACAAUGAUUACUAAUGCUUACAGUGAUGCUAAUGCUUACAGUGAUGCUAAUGCUUACAAUGAUGCUAAUGCUUACAAUGAUGCUAAUGCUUACAAUGAUGCUAAUGCUUACAAUGAUGCUAAUGCUUACAGUGAUGCUAAUGCUUACAAUGAUGCUAAUGCCUAUAAUGAUGCUAAUGCCUACAAUGAUGCUAAUGCUUACAAUGAUGCUAAUGCUUACAGUGAUGCUAAUGAUUACAGUGAUGCUAAUGCUUACAGUGAUGCUAAUGAUUACAAGGAUGCUAAUGAUUACAAUGAUCCUAAUGCUUACAAUGAUGCUAAUGAUUACAGUGAUACUAAUGCUUACAAUGAUGCUAAUGAUUACAAUGAUGCUAAUGUUUACAAUGAUGCUAAUGAUUACAGUGAUACUAAUGCUUACAAUGAUGCUAAUGAUUACAAUGAUGCUAAUGUUUACAAUGAUGCUAAUGCUUACAGUGAUGCUAAUGCCUACAAUGAUGCUAAUGCUUACAAUGAUGCUAAUGCUUACAGUGAUGCUAAUGAUUACAGUGAUGCUAAUGCUUACAGAGAUACUAAUGCUUACAAUGAUGCUAAUGAUUACAAUGAUGCUAAUGUUUACAAUGAUGCUAAUGCUUACAGUGAUGCUAAUGCUUACAGUGAUGCUAAUGCUUACAGUGAUGCUAAUGCUUACAAUGAUUACUAAUGCUUACAGUGAUGCUAAUGCUUACAGUGAUGCUAAUGCUUACAAUGAUGCUAAUGCUUACAAUGAUGCUAAUGCUUACAAUGAUGCUAAUGCUUACAAUGAUGCUAAUGCUUACAGUGAUGCUAAUGCUUACAGUGAUGCUAAUGCUUACAAUGAUGCUAAUGCCUACAAUGAUGCUAAUGCCUACAAUGAUGCUAAUGCUUACAAUGAUGCUAAUGAUUACAGUGAUGCUAAUGCUUACAGUGAUGCUAAUGAUUACAAGGAUGCUAAUGAUUACAAUGAUCCUAAUGCUUACAAUGAUACUAAUGAUUACAGUGAUGCUAAUGCUUACAAUGAUGCUAAUGAUUACAGUGAUGCUAAUGAUUACAGUGAUGCUAAUGCUUACAAUGAUGCUUACAAUGAUGCUAAUGCUUACAGUUAUGCUAAUGCUUACAAUGAUGCUAAUGCUUACAGUGAUGCUAAUGGUUACAGUGAUGCUAAUUCUUACAGUGAUGCUAAUGCUUACAAUGAUGAUAAUGCUUACAGUGAUGCUAAUUCUUACAAUGAUGCUAAUGCUUACAGUGAUGCUAAUGCUUACAAUGAGGCUAAUGCUUACAAUGAUGCUAAUGCUUACAGUGAUGCUAAUGCUUAAAAUGAUGCUAAUGCUUUUAGUGAUGCUAAUGAUUACACUGAUGCUAAUGCUUACAAUGAUGCUAAUGCUUACAAUGAUGCUAAUGCUUACAGUGAUGCUAAUGCUUACAAUGAUGCUAAUGCUUACAGUGAUGCUAAUGCUUACAAUGAUGCUAAUGCUUACAAUGAUGCUAAUGCUUACAAUGAUGCUAAUGCUUACAAUUAUGCUAAUGAUUACAAUGAUGCUAAUGCUUACAAUGAUGCUAAUGCUUACAAUGAUGCUAAUGCUUACAGUGAUGCUAAUGCUUACAGUGAUGCUAAUGCUUACAGUGAUACUAAUGCUUACAAUGAUGCUAAUGAUUACAAUGAUGCUAAUGUUUACAAUGAUGCUAAUGCUUACAGUGAUGCUAAUGCUUACAGUGAUUACUAAUGCUUACAGUGAUUACUAAUGCUUACAGUGAUGCUAAUGCUUACAGUGAUGCUAAUGCUUACAAUGAUGCUAAUGCUUACAAUGAUGCUAAUGCUUACAAUGAUGCUAAUGCUUACACUGAUGCUAAUGCUUACAGUGAUGCUAAUGCUUACAGUGAUGCUAAUGCUUACAAUGAUGCUAAUGCCUACAAUGAUGCUAAUGCCUACAAUGAUGCUAAUGCUUACAAUGAUGCUAAUGCUUACAGUGAUGCUAAUGAUUACAAGGAUGCUAAUGAUUACAAUGAUGCUAAUGAUUACAAUGAUUCUAAUGCUUACAGUGAUGCUAAUGCUUACAAUGAUGCUAAUGCUUACAAUGAUGCUAAUGCUUACAAUGAUGCUAAUGCUUACAAUGAUGCUAAUGCUUACAAUGAUGCUAAUGCUUACAAUGAUGCUAAUGGUUACAAUGAUGCUAAUGGUUACAAUGAUGCUAAUGCUUACAGUGAUGCUAAUGCUUACAGUGAUGCUAAUGCUUACAAUGAUGCUAAUGCCUACAAUGAUGCUAAUGCCUACAAUGAUGCUAAUGCUUACAGUGAUGCUAAUCCUUACAAUGAUGCUAAUGAUUACAAUGAUGCUAAUGCUUACAAUGAUGCUUAUGCUUACAGUGAUGCUAAUGCUUACAGUGAUGCUAAUGCUUACAGUGAUGCUUAUGCUUACAAUGAUGCUUAUGCUUACAAUGAUGCUAAUGCUUACAAUGAUGCUAAUGCUUACAAUGAUGCUAAUGCUUACAGUGGUGCUAAUGCUUAAAGUGAUGCUAAUGCUUACAAUGAUGCUAAUGAUUACAGUGAUGCUAAUGCUUACAGUGAUGCUAAUUCUUACAAUGAUGCUAAUGAAUACAGUGCUGCUAAUUAUUAUAAUGAUGCUAAUAACAGCCUGUUGUCAAUAUUUUAAUCUCGUUUACUAGUGUCGUUCUUGACUAGCCCAAAACAUUAAGCCAAAAUCUUUCUCAUCUGCAAUCUUUAUUUGAAGUUAUAAUAAAAAAAAAUUGAUGAAUCUGAUCAUUAAUUUAUUCUUACUUAGAGUCAAACAAUUGGCUGCUCAGAAUUUGACUGUGAGAGUUGGAAAGGUAGUUAUAUAAAUAGGACCGGCUUUAACAGCAUCACACCAAAGAAAUAUUGUUUCAAAUAGUUAAAAUGAAGUCUACGGAAUAUAUAAGCUGAUCUGACAAGCCAUAGUUGAAUGAGAGGGUGAGAACUAAUGUUCCCUCUAAGGUUUGCUGGUUUGUGUGCAAAAUCGUACAGUUGUGUGCAAAAUUUUACAGCAUCAAUAUUUUUUGUGUGCAAAAUUGUACAGCCCACAAAUACAAACACACACUUGCAUGGAAAUUUGCUGUGCGGAUACUCAAAACUGCUGCACGGAUACUCAAAACUGCUGCGCGGUGUCUGUGAGAUAGCUGUGAGGCCGCGCAGCUUAAAGGGAACAUUGGUUAGAACCAGUCUGUGAGCCUAUAUAUAGACUUAUUUCUGUUUCAUGACUUGAAUUAUCUUAUCUCCAGGCCUCUCCAUCUGUUGAUUCUCAAUGCCGCCGUGUUUGGCCUCGGCCACUCCUUGACGGAGGACAACCUGGAGACGACGUUCCAGGUCAACCAUUUGUCCCACUUCUACCUGACCAAACUGUUGGUCACCACGAUGAUGAGGUCGGCUCCCGCCAGGGUCGUGGUGGUGUCCAGUGAGUCACACAGGUAGGUCAGUACGCUGUGCGACUGGUGCUUGACUUGGUUUCUUUAUGUUGUAUGUGAGCUUUGCUGGGACAUUGGACCCACAGCCGAUGCACAACAAGCUGACUGUUAAAGUCUCAGUAGUACUUGGAAUGAGUUCCCAGGCAACAUCAGUUAGAAAUCAAACAGAAGUGAAUUUAUUUUUAGUAUGAUUGUGUUAUAGUGGACUAGAGUGAAUGAAAUGGACUGUUGUGUUCCGGAGACAAGCAUAGAGUCAACAUUAUUGAGAACUUGUAUCAUAUAUAUCUUUAUGUUAAUGUUUAUUGUUGGAAAUAAAAACAUAUCAAAAACAUAACAGAUGGAUUCAUUCAUUUAUUUAUUCAUUCAAUCCUCAUGCACUUUAGCUGGGAAUAAAUUAAGAAGAAGAAGAAAAAAAAGGGAGGGGGGGGGUCAAUGGCCAGAGAACUAUCACUUCUGUCUUAUCAUCCUUUUUUUCUGGUAGCUGUCUGACUUCUGUCUUAUCAUCCUUUUUUUCUGGUAGCUGUCUGACUUCUGUCUUAUCAUCCGUUUCUCUGGUAGCUGUCUGACUUCUGUCUAAUCAUCCGUUUCUCUGCAGAGUAGAGUUUCUUUUCAGCAAAUCCUUCUCUGUUGUUCUGGGCCAGGUCAAAUCUUUCUCUGUUGUUCUGGGCCAGGUCAAAAUCCUUCUCUGUUUUUCUGAGCCAGGUCAAAUCCUUCUAUGUUGUUCUGGGGAAUCCUUCUCUGUUGUUCUGGGCCAGGUUGAAUCCUUCUCUGUUGUUCUGGACCAGGUCGAAUCCUUCUCUGUUGUUCUGGGCCAGGUCGAAUCCUUCUCUGUUGUUCUGGGCCAGGUCGAAUCCUUCUCUGUUGUUCUGGCCCAGGUCGAAUCCUUCUCUGUUGUUCUGGGCCAGGUCGAAUCCUUCUCUGUUGUUCUGGCCCAGGUCGAAUCCUUCUCUGUUGUUCUGGGCCAGGUCGAAUCCUUCCCAGGACUUUAUUUUUUAAUUUCUUUUGAUAUAACUACAGUACAACAAAAAGAUGGUUCACAAAAACAAAUUUUUAUUUCGUCUUGUUUGGCUAUUAAAAUUUAACUCGGCCUUCGUUCAAAAAGCUCUUAGUUUUGUAAAGAAAAUUAUACUUUGCUUUCUCUCUCACUUUCUCUUCCCCCCUUUCUUUCUCUCUCACUUUCUCUUCCCCCCUAUUUUUUUUCGUCUUGUUUGGCUAUUAAAAUUUACCUCGGCCUUCGUUCAAAAAGCCCUUAGUUUUGUAAAGAAAAUUUUACUUGGCUUGCUAAAGAAAGCCCCCCCCCCCCCCACCCCCUCUCUCUGUUUGUUCCCAUCAGGUUCAGUGAUCUGAAAGAUUCCAACAUCUGCCAGGAGAAGUUGUCUCCAAAGGUCAACAACUUCUGGCACAUGGGAGCCUACAACAACUCCAAGCUGUGCAAUAUUUUAUUCACCAACGAGCUCAACUACCGGCUGUCCCCUCAUGGCAUUGUGGCCAACUCGUUGCAUCCAGGGAAUAUGAUGUAUUCUGGGAUAUCUCGCUACUGGUGGCUUUACAGACUGCUGUUCACUUUGGUCAGGCCGUUCACUAAGUCAAUGGUAAGAUAGCACAUUUCAUUCAGUUUUGGUCCCAUGAAUGACCGGGUGGAGCAGUAAAAAAACAUUGUUUGCAUUCCCCAUCUUGUAUUGUGUUGGCUUCAGAUCUCAUUUAUUGUCUGUUUAUUUCACAUUUUCUUGGCUGCGGAACAUUGAUUCUUUAAUCUAAUUAAUAUAAUCUUUUUUAAGAACCAAGAGAUGAACAGCCCGUCUCAAUUUUUUUAAUGAUUUAGACUUACCAGGCAAUCCCUGUAUUUUUUAACAUUUUUUUGUCCAUACUGAGGAAUACAUUUUAUAAUGCUUCUCCAACAAGUCAGUUAAUCCUAUAGUGGGGUGAGAUGCCCUCCUCCCUCUUAAACCACAGAUGAUUAGGUUUCUGUUUAAAGAUAUUGUGUUAGGAACCCAUUUCUUCUAUGCUAUACCAUUUAUACAUAGAUAUUUAGCUGGGUCUAUGCAAGGUGAAUGAAUCAGAAAAUUUUUCUAUAAUUUUUCCCUCACAAGAAAAUUCCCCACAUAAAAAUUCCCCAUAUAAGAUUCAGCACACUGAAAAACAGAAUAUCUCGCACACUGAAAAUAGCCCACAUGGAAAAUUCCCUACUUGAAUAUUCCCCAAAUUUUUUUGGUAAUUACGCUUUUUUUAGUUUAAAAUAUUUUAUAAAUACAUCGAUUUAAUAAAUAUGAAUGCUUUGUCGACGUAACCUGCAAUAUCUGCAGGGGCCUAAAUAACAGCAUAUUAAGCAAAAAGAAUUAGACAAAAAUGUUUUCUGUUCCACUUGUGAUGGCACACUAACACUAGUGAUGGGACAAUUAAUCGGAAUCGUAUCGGAAUAAUCGAAAUAUCAGGAUUUUUUCAAAGCAUCGGGAAACGGUAUCGGAGCUGAAUAAUUCAGACCCGAUUCCGAUACGAAAACGAUUCUUUACUGAUUAACUGCUGUAAGCCGGUGACAGCGCAAAGUUUGUUUCUAGCAUCUUGUAAAGCUUCAAAAGAAAGUUAAUAAACUUUUCUAAUCAAUUCUCAACUUUUAUAUUAAUUAAAUAUGUUAAUGCCUGGGCAAAGUAAUACAUGUAUGUAAUAAUGGCCAGGAAUCGGAAUCGUGUCAGGAAUCGUAUCGGGAAUCGAGAUAAUUGGGUUGAAUCGGAAUCGUAUCGGAAUCUUUAAAAAUUUUGGUAUCGUCCCAUCAUUAAUUAACACUGUAGAUCCUAUUUGAUGUGUUUUAAAGCCAAAAUAAAGGAAUUUAAUUAAUUAAUUAACAUUUUUCAAAAACCUGGCGGCCGUGAACUGCCAUAAACUCAGAUGCCACCCGUGAGCGUUAUGAAGCAAAAGUUGACUACUUGCUUCGCAGCGGUGUUGGGGGGAAGGAAAAGUAUAAUAAAACUAUACGAAAAAUAAAAGUAUUUUAAAACAAAAAAAAGCUUUUUGUAUCUGGAAAUCUUAAGUGCAGCAUAGGAGUCAAUACGAUGGGCUGAAAGGUCAGAGAAAAUAUUGUUCUAUAAUGGAUAUUGAUAGUCGUGCCUAAUUGAGUUGUAAGUCAAACAAGGAUCAGGUUAUUGGGCAGAAACUCUAUGCACUCACCCCCACCCCUGGUAUUUAAUUAUACGUAACCAGGCAUCUGACUUUUUUUUAGUUGUUUAUUAGAUUUUUUUCUCUUAUUAACCGCAUGAGGACUUAUUACCCAUGCAUCGCUACAGGGGGAUCCUUUGUGAUUCUAAUCUAAAAUAUCAUAGAGAAUCACAGUGUUUAUUAUGUAAGUAAAGAUAAUCUUUAUGGGAAUUGUGUUCCAGAAUUUCAUUUUGUACGUAAAACAACGUUUGAGGAAUAGUGGAUGCUUGAAGAAAUAUUGGAUGGUUUUCUUGAACUUGUAUGUCUUGUAAAUAUCUUAGCUGCCUGCGCCUUGAAAGCAGAACGUCUCUACCAUGAUUAUUAAAUUUUUUCUGCUUACAACUCUACACUUUCGUAAUUUUCAUCAUCUGAAAUAAGUGAACGCGUGUCAUAUUAAGUGUUUUAAAUGCGUUACACAGGAAGCCAAAGCCAUGUUUUAUUUAAACCCUUAAUCGUUCCUUUGAAGUUUUCACCAAUGUCCUCCAAACAAUAAUGAAUCCUGUGGAGGAUAUGUGCCCCGAUGGCAGUCCAGACUCUGUCAUUGCAUAGGAUUAUUGAAAAUUAGUUUCAGCAUCUGGUACUAGUUCUCAAGAGUACAUUAUCUUUUACAGCAACAAGGGGCUGCGACAACAGUUUACUGUGCAGUGGCAGACGAACUGAACAAUGUGGGUGGCCUGUACUUCAACAACUGCUGUCGCUGCCAGCCAUCCAAGCAAGCCGAGAACAAAGCCAUGGCGGUGGCCCUGUGGAGUGCCAGUGAAAAGAUACUGAACAAGAGGCUGAAAAGGAACAGAAAGCAUGCCAAGGUCGCUGCGUGAUGGUCUGAUAGGUGACCACUGUUAUGCAGAGUUCCCUUGUAACUAUUUGCCAGGUGGGAUCUGUUCUGGCCAAGAAAAUGUGUCACUCUCGCAGAGUACCACACCUUCAGAUGUCGGCUAGUUAUAUCAGAGAGUAUUUUUGGGAGUCUCCAAACAUGACUUUUAAAUAUCAGUGGAUACCACAAGUGUCCACAUCACAGGUCUAUAAAGUAAAAUAGUUGUGGUCAAUCACAUGGCAAUGAUAGCCAAUCAAAUCAAAUUUUUUUUUAUUAUCCACAUGAUAAUGUCUGCCAACCUGAUGAUUAAGUUGGUCUACCUACUAGUUAAAUAAGACAAGAUUUGUUUGAAAAUACUUUUUGUCAUAAAGGUCACCACAUUUUCCUUGUUAUUUCAAUGUUCCCUUGUUACAAAAAUGGUUGUGUCCAAUCACGUGUAUUAAAAGGCUAGUGACUUUACUGUAGGAGCCAGGCAAAGCAAAAUAUCAGCACUUGUAUUGUACAAGGGAUAUGUGUGAAGUUCCCAUGUCAGUGCAGCUGACAUUCAAGAUUCCAAAUAUUAUAAUAAAUUCAUAUAUAAUAUAUGAACUUAGAAGUUACUGUAACACCCAGAGGUUUAAAAGGAAUGGAUGAAUGUACAUAUUGGCACAAAAUGAAGUUAAUGGCCCAACCAGAUGAAACAAUUAUCGUGAUACCUUCCCUACCUCACAAUAUUCCUACAUCAUAUAAGAUCAAAUCACUUAUCUUUAAGCCCUUCCAGUUUAAUCAUUUUUUUUCCUGGCUAAUGUAAGAAUUGAUCUUGACUGCUAGAUGUGGACAAAACACAUCACUUGCAAACCAGUGAGUUAAUCCAUUACUUUGAUCAGGACAUACAACGUUGUUGUAUUGUGGCUAUCCAGGACUUGCGACACCAGACAUCGUUGUGGCUGGGUUGUUUGUGGAGGAAGGGAAUGAAAUUUUUUUUGUCGGAUGAAAGAAAUGAAAUUUUAAUGCCAUGUCCAGGCCUAGCACCUUGAUUUCCAAAUAUUUGACAAUGUCCAGGCCUAGCACCUUGAUUUCCAAAUAUUUGACAAUAUCCAGGCCAAGCGCAUUGAUUUCCAAAUAUUUGACAAUAUCCAGGCCAUGGGCAUUGAUUUCCAAAUAUUUGACAAUAUCCACGCCAAGCGCAUUGAUUUCCAAAUAUUUGACAAUGUUCAGGCCCAGCAAUGUUCUGGCCCAGCACAUUGAUUUCGUCUGCUUUCAACUAUUUCAAGGAAGUCAGCCAUGUUUUGUGUAAACUCCUGGGGUACACCACAUGGCCCCAUGCAUGAUGACAUUCCAAUAUCUGGGAUAAAGUAAGUCUAAGCUCAACUAAUCUGUCAAAAAUGUCUUAUGUCUGAUGUUCAGAGCAAUUCUUCUUCUCCCAAACAGAUUCUUAAUCUUAUAUUUAGGAUUUAUUUUCAAACUUAUUUAAAUGAAUUUUCCCAUAUUUUCUGUCGUCUAUAUUGUUGAUGUGAUCUGCCGCGGGGCAUCGAGUGAGCGAUUUCAGCAUUGCUUAGAACUGUGCAUUUAGUGUUUUAUUGACACCUUCGCUGUUGAUUUGUUGGCAAUAAUAAUGUUGAUCUAAUCAGAUUACACACAGAUUGAGUUAUAAGGAUGUUGCUUUGAGACUGUGUCAUGUUUUAUCCUUUACAAGCACUGCAAAUCAUUCAUGUCUUGCACUUCAAAAUUGGACAGUUUAUAAAUAGCACAUUUGAAAAAUUGGGUUGAGGGGUACUGCUACUGUUUCAUAUUUUGAAAAAGACUAAUUUUGUAAGAAAAGAAAAUCGAGGCGAACAAAAAGCCUCAUUUAAGUAACAAAUUGUGUAGGUAAGCAGUAUAGUUAGGUUUCAGUGAAAUUACAAAAUACAAAUCCAGACGUUUGGCCACAUGCCUUGUGAACCAUGAAGACUGUAGGAGUCUUUUGCCCGACCUUUAUCUUUCUAUCCCUUUACUUUUUACUCCAGAGUCGGAGAUUACAUUGUAAUGAACAAUUUUAUUUAAAUUCAUUGAAUUUCUUUUCCAUUUUAGAACAAAAGCUUGAUUUUUUUUCUGUUCCUUAUUUUGUAUUCAAAGCCACUGUCACCAUUAUGAUUGAAGUAGGCAAACAACUGUCUACACACAAACAGUUGAGUGUCUUAUUUCAUCUACCGUUUAUACUCGCAAAUAGAUUGCAAUUUUUUUUUUAACCAAAAUUCCUAUAAAAAUCAAGGAUGCCAACUACCCACUGACCAUCACAGGGAUCUAAAGUGAAUGGCAGUGUAUCACUAGACCAGGCGUGUAUCAGUAGACCAGGUGUGUAUCAGUUGACUAGUCCUGUACCAUGGACUUGAGCAUAAGCGGGAGCUUGGGGAGAAAACGCAUUUUUCCAUAACAUUUUAAUCAUCUGCAAUCACCUCUUAGAACUGCAAUGCAUCACACAUUGAAUUAAAUCACUCAAUCUGCACUCUUCACUCCUCAUAUUUAUAUUUGAUUAAUUCAGUGCGGCGUAGUCAUUUAUACCAAAAUCCAGAGAAUUGUUUCUCUCUUGCUUCCGCAGUAGCAGAGGCUAUCAGUGAUUGGUUCUGUUCUGUUAACAAAGGGCUGUGUUAAUCCCCUCAGUAACUGUGGGACUUAAAUGCGAGCCGACCGCUAAUACCACCUUUUGACAACCCCAAACUAAGUGUGCGACCUAUCCACUGGUGUGACCUGCAUAGGGCUAUAUGUGAGUAUAUGCGGUACUCAAUCAUUUCUGUAUAAACCAACUCACUCUCCUGUAACACCUUCAACAAUUCUGAAUCAUAAUAUUUGCACAUCGAUAAAUAUUGUAUGUUUUGUUUAACAUAAUACUAUAACCAUUAAUACAUUUUAAUAAUUUUUUGCUGGACCUUCCUCUUACAAUAUGUCUUAACCAGUUUUGUUCUACGGUUAAGUACCCAGAUUACCUCUAAUUUCAAUUUCAUAAUUUAAAAAAAAAAAAAAAAUUAAAUUCAGAUGUUUGUUUUUUGUUUUUUAGUGAAGACUUGCCAUUUAAAUUUAAAUUGACCAUUGUUACAUCGAAAGAGGGAGAAAACUCCAACCUGUUAAAAUCGAGCCCAUGUCAAAGUUAUAAAUUAUAUACCGGUCGUACGGUACAGUAAUUUUUAAAAAGUUAUUUUAAAAAUAAUUUGUUACAAGUGUAAGCAGGAACAUAAUUAUUCUAUUGCUUUAGUUACUGUACGUUCACAAAGUGUAAAAUAACAAAGUGCUGUUUAUUUUCCAUUCUGAUGUUGAAGGUUUACAUUCACAAAGCCCGGUUAGAUUCCCUCACAUCAAGACCAGAUGAUGUUCACUGUAAUAAUUUUUUUAAAAUUUAGGUUUAAGCAAAAGUACAUUUGAUACCUGUACACACAGAUUUGUAAGUGAUGUGCAUGUUCACCUGGGGAACCAUGUCAUGUACCUUGCACCUUGCCUGGACAGUGACAGUGUUAUCGUAUUGGAUAUUUAUCUCACUGUGAUUAAAAAUGACAUAUUAUAAUAUGGC